CCUUCACUUACUAUAAAUACGAACCCUCCGCUCUUAACCGAAAUCAUCACAAUAACAACAACAACAACAAAGACCGCAAGAGAAGAGAAAAACAUGAGCGUAGAAAUACUGGACGGUUCGACCAUCUUCGACUUCGUGCAAGACGAAGAAGCGUUCAACGUGUCGGUCACUGACCGGUUCAAGUGGCUGGACUCGGACCAGGACGGGCUGCUGUCGUACGCCGAGAUGGUGAAGGAGUUCGGGAGCCUGAGGGUGAUGGAGAAGCACUACGGGGUGGACGUGAAGACCGAGCCGGAGGAGAUUUCGAGGGUUUACGGAGUGAUAUUCGAGCAGUUCGACAGGGAUGCGAACGGGAAGGUGGAUCUGGACGAGUUUCGGGAGGAGACGAGGAGGAUGAUGCUGGCCAUGGCCGAGGGGAUGGGCUUCUUGCCUGUUCAGAUGGCCCUCGAGGAGGGCAGUUUCUUGAUGAAGGCCGUCGAGAGGGAAUGCUCCAAGCUUCUGCUCCCACCUGCAUGACAAAAAAAAAAUACAGACAACGAUGUAUUACCAAAAUUAAUCUUUUGUGUUUUUCAUUAUUAUUUUCGGCUUUUUUUGGACCGUUGAUUUCAGAGUUAUGAUUUGUGUAUCAAUGUUAAACUAUACGUUUUUUUUUAAAUUGUCGAA